AUGUUAUAUGAUUACUUGGUCAGACCUGAUGACCAUAUGCUGCAUCCUAAACGCUUCUCAAAUAGCACCAUAAUGAGCAUCGUAUGGGGCGUACGUACGCCGACGCCGCAGACGCGGCACAUGGAACGGCUGUACGCACUUAUGGAGAUCUGGUCGAAGGUUAUGGAGACAGGCGCGACUCCUCCGGUGGAUAUUUACCCGUUACUCCACUAUCUGCCUCAGUCUAUUUUCCUCAACUGGGUCGAUCGUGCCACCCACGUACAGAAGGAAAUGAACCACCUCUACUCCGACUUCCUUCGCGACAUCCGUCAUCGACGUAGCACAGUUGGUAGUCGAGGAGCCUUCAUGGACAAAGUCCUCGAAUCGGCCGACAGCGAGAAGCGUAUGGACGGAUUGACGUACUCUGACCACGAGCUCUGGUUCAUGGGUGGCACCUUAACUGAAGGUGGUAGUGACACUACGGCGAGUAUCGUCACUGCAUUCAUGCAGGCUAUGGUUGCAUAUCCUGAUGUACAACGGAAAGCGCAGGCAGAGAUUGAUGCUGUGAUUGGUCCGGAUCGCAGUCCAACCUGGCAGGACUACAAGAGACUGCCAUACGUAGCUCAGUGCGUCAAGGAGACGAUGCGCUCGCGUCCAGUCACUCCGUUGGCAUUUCCUCAUGCCCUCGCUGAGGACGACUGGGUCGAUGGCAUGUUCUUGCCAAAGGUACGCAUGUGCAUCGCGUGCCCCAGGUCCCAACGAAACGACUGCAGAUGCUUACAUGGUAUCAUGAUACAGGGCACGGUCAUCAUCGUCAACGCUUGGGGUCUGCAUAACGAUCCCAAGAGAUUCCCAAGUCCCGAGCAUUUCGACCCAGACCAUUUCAAAGACAUGACGACGCCAGCCCCCGAGCUCGCAAAUGGCCGCUACGAAAGUCGAGACCAUUAUGGCUAUGGUACGGGCCGUCGCUUCUGCCCUGGCGCCCAUCUCGCAGAACGUAACCUAUUCCUCGCGAUGAGCAAGCUUUUGUGGGCAUUUAACAUAGGUCCUGGCAAAAAUGGCGUGCCCGACACAUCUCCCGUCACCGGCUACUGCGAGGGCUUCCUGGUAUGUGCAAAUGACUUCGACGUCAGCUUCGAUAUCCGCGGAGGGAGAGCAGAAAACGAUUCAGAAGGAGCUUGA